AUGUCCCAGAACGAGGCUCCUCCAUCUCCAUUAGCAUUGCCUCUGAGCUCGCAAUCCGACGACAUCGAAGACCUGAUCCAAUCCUAUCCCAUCGCCGUGAUCCCCCCGUCGCCGCCGCUGCCCUCCUCCAUCUCCCCUCCGCCGCGCGGCGCAGACACACUGACAGAGCCCGUGGUGGAGACGAUCAAGCGAGAUUUGCGGCGGAUCGCCAACAAUUUGAAGCUGGUUGUGUUUCCAAACCCUAAUCGAGAGGAUCCAGGUAAGGCGCUCAGGGAUUGGGAUCUGUGGGGGCCCUUUUUCUUCAUCAUCUUCCUCGGCCUCAUGCUCUCCUGGUCUUCCCCAGUUCAGAAGUCUCAAGUGUUUGCGGUGGCAUUCGCAAUGCUUGCUGCCGGAGCUGUGAUUCUCACCAUCAACGUUUUGCUUCUGGGGGGGCAUAUAAUAUUCUUUCAGAGCCUGAGCCUUCUAGGUUACUGCAUCGCCCCUCUUGACGUAGGGGCAUUCAUCUGCAUGCUGAGGCCCCCGGUGAUAGCGAAGGUGGUCGUGGCUAGCGUCGCACUGGCGUGGAGCUCAUGGGCUGCAUAUCCAUUCAUCAGCACCGCUGUCAACCCACAGAGGAAAGCUCUCGCGCUCUACCCCGUCUUGCUUAUGUAUGUCUCUCUCGGCUUCCUCAUCAUCGCCAUUGACUGAAAAAACCUGUCUCGGGAGACUAAAUAUUUGUUAAUUUACUCGUCACGAUGAUGAGUGUAUUCUUUUUUGAACUGUCCCAAGGUAGUUGGGCUAUUUUAUUUUUUUGGCAAAAAAGUUUAUUCU